ACGGAAGAUAGUCUAAUUGAAGAAGGAUCAUUGUAUCCAAUUAAAGAAGGGUCGUCGUCUAGUAAUAUAGAUCCUUACAAUGAAAACAUAGAAGAAGUUGUUCCACUUACUAAAUAUGAUUUGUAUAUAUCUAGUGAAAAUAAGGAAGAUCAUGAUAUUAAUAAAAGAAGAAGGGUUGAUCGUUAUCAAAAAUCAAAUAAAAAAAUUAUAGACCAGCAUGAAAUACCAUCUGAUUAUUCCGGUGAAGAGGGUUCAGUUGACGAAGAAAUGACUUUAGAAGAUGAUGGUUAUAUGCCAAACGAAGAUGACCUGUUCACAACUCCCAGUUUUGACGACUUUGAUUAUGAAACAACUUCUUACACAAAUUUGGAUUAUGACAAUUUUUGGAUACUUUUAUAG